CUCUACCACCACGCUCUGCAGCCUCGUUCUGGUUGUUGAUCUUAUAAAUCAGCACAUCCCGCCCUACGGGAAACAGUGCAGCCAUGAAUAAGCCUGGCCAUCGAAGUAAAGCUUCCUAUCUCCCACGUUACACUCAAUCUGCUAGCCAGCCAGGCCGGCGGAGGGCAAGGAGUCAGCUCACGAAGCUUGCGACGACGUCGUCAUGUUUGCUGCUGCUGCUGCUGCUGCUUUGUCGUCGCCAGCGCGAGCACCUGGUAUAUGGCCUCGUGGCUCCUUCCCACGUUGGCGUAGCCAAAAGCACCUUUAGCAGGAGCAGCGGCGUGAGCGGGAGCUCCGCAUCUACCGUGGGAGGAUCGCCGCGGUGGUAUGGCAGGUGUCCCCGAACGAAACAUGGGCUCGAGAUGACGGUGACAUCACCACCUCCUCGGACACAGCAGCAGCAAGAGACCGAGACCAUCAAUGGCGGAACACAGUCAGUGAGGGAAAUGAGCGCACAGAUGAGCCAGAUGAGAAAAGAUCUCGAAGAGAACGAGGAAGCCCAGGCGUACAUGCAGGCGUUGCGGGGGGCGGGGAUCAGGGACUACGCCUCCGCGGAAGGAGAGAUGCGUCUCCUGGAGAUCGAGGACGGCGAGGCGGAGGGGGCGGGAGGAGAGACGGACAGACUUCCGGUGGUGUAUGACCCGGAGGCCCUCAAGGAUUACUUUGCUCGAAGACCACAGGUGGCAACGAGGCGAACCCUUCAGCUCGCUGGGGCGUUCUCGGGCUUCGUUACGAGCUACCUCCUCGACUUGGUGAGGGGAAAAGUGAAGGAGAACGAGAUUGCGCGGGCGAUACAGCUGCGCGAGAUUAUCACGUCGCUGGGCCCUUUCUACAUCAAGCUGGGGCAGGCGCUGUCGAUCCGACCGGACAUUCUGUCCCCCGGCGCGAUGGUGGAGCUGCAGAGACUUUGCGACAAGGUCCCGUCGUUCGACAGCACCAUCGCGUUCUUGACGAUGGAGUUGGAAUACGGGAGGCCCGUGGAGGAAAUAUUUGUGGAUAUCACACCGGAGCCUCUCGCGGCAGCCUCCCUCGGACAGGUGUACAAGGCGACGCUGCGAUCGAACGGAAAACCGGUGGCGGUGAAGGUGCAGCGGCCAGGAGUGCUUGAGACCGUCAGCUUAGACCUUCAUCUCGCCAGAGAACUGGGGUACCAGAUGAAGAAGAUCCCGUUCUUGGCGGAGCGGACGGAUCUCGUGGCCCUCCUGGACGAGUUCGCGAGUCGUUUCUUCGAUGAGCUGGACUACGUCAAGGAGUGCGCCAACGGCGUCGCCAUCAGGGACCAGAUGCAGCACAUCAAGCAGGUGGUGGUGCCAUUCAACUACCCCGAGUUCACGACCAGGCGGGUGUUUGUGUCGGAGUGGAUCGACGGCGAGAAGCUUAGCCAGAGCAAGGCGGACGACGUGCAGGACCUCGUCAAUGUGGGAGUCACGGCCUACCUCACCCAGCUGCUAGACACGGGCUUCUUCCAUGCGGACCCCCAUCCGGGUAACCUCAUCCGAACCCCGGAGGGCAAGCUGGCCAUCCUCGACUUUGGUCUCAUGACGCAGAUCACCGACAACCAGAAGUUCGGCAUGAUCGAGGCGAUCUCGCACCUGGUUCACCGAGACUACGAGGGGAUCGGGGACGACUUCAAGCGCCUCGACUUUAUCCCCGAAGAGGUGGACGUUACCCCGAUCAUCCCGGCCCUGACGAAUGUGUUCAACAUGGCCCUCGCCGGCGGUGGCGCUAAGAGCAUCAACUUCCAGGCCUUAGCCUCGGACCUGGCGCAAAUCACCUUUGACUACCCCUUUCGCAUCCCGCCGUACUUCGCGCUCAUCAUCAGGGCCAUCGGCGUGCUGGAAGGGAUCGCGCUGGUGGGCAACCCCGGCUUCGCCAUCGUGGACGAGGCCUACCCCUACAUCUCCAAGCGCCUGCUGACGGAUGACAGCCCCAGGCUCAGAGAGGCCCUACGCUACAUGAUCUACGGCAAGAGCAACGUCUUCGACGUGGAGAGGUUGAUCGACCUCCUUCAGGCGCUGGAAUCGUUCCAGGCCAAGGGAGACAAGACGACACCGACCCAACAAACGGGGUCCGCGCUAGCGACGACGACCUUGGCAGCGCCAGCGACUGCAGCAGCGGGAGGAGGACCGGGGCCGGGGAGGGUUGCGGCGGUGACAAGCCCGUCGAGCGACGCAAGGGAGGCGUUGAGGUUCCUGUUCGGGAAGGACGGGGAGUUCUUCAGGGAGUUCCUGUUGGAUGAGGUGGUGAAGGGCGCCGACUGCCUGGGAAGGGACGCGGCGAGAGAGCUGGCUUUCACGGUGGGCCUCAGGGGCAGCAACGUGCCCAACCUGCUGAGGGCGGUGACGCCGAAGCUCAGCGACGAGGACCGGAAGGUGGUGGACAACACCAACAAGCUCCUCGCCUUCCUGCUGGGGAACCUACAGGACGAGUCCCAGACAAACCAGCGACAGACGCCGGUCAACCCCGCCCAGGGACUGUUCGGCCUCCGCGUGGCAACUCCCCCCUUCAACCUCCUGGGCCUGGGGACAUCUGCGCGGGGCACCGCCUUGCGGGAGGAGCUGGCCCCAGUGAUUCGGGAGCUGGGGCCGGAGAUGAGGGAGUUCGGGUUGCAGGUGGUGGGCCGGCUCACCGAGAAGCUUGCCACGAGGGUGCUGCGCUACACCAGCGGGCGCGUCCUUAACAACUACUACAAUGACGGCGGCGGGGAAGGCAGAAGGGGCACGAGCCGCGGAGGCCCCGGUGGUCAGUACGGCACAAGAGCAUCUCCAGCAGCAGCGGGAGCGGGAGCGGCAACGUCUUCGUCGUUUUCCACGCGCGGCAAUGGGGUUUCUAGCCCCGGGAGGGUGGCGAGGCCGGGGGGUCGAAAGUUCGGAGAGGGCUUGUGAAGAGGGGGGGUACAGUGAGGGGCAUGACCGACUGGCUGUGCCCCCGGUUGAUUGUAGAUGGAAGUUGGGCUGGUCUUCACCGCCGUAUGGGGACUCUCUGCGGAAGCGCCAGACGGUUGGAGUUCACAGGUUUUUGCAGCUUGUUUUUGCCGCUGAGGAAAGUUUUUGAGUCGGGUGAUUCUUUGUUUUGUGUGGUCCGUGAUUCGUUGUUUUCGGUAGUUUUUUUUUCUCCAUAACAGGAACAGGAGUGGGGGGAAGGGGUUAGAGUGCACGCGCCUUAGGAGUGAUGUAUUCGGGGUUGUCUUCUCGCAGACUGUUCCCCCCCCCCACUGGUAGUGCGGUCGGGGUUGAUCGGUCUCUCAUGCGGUUUGGUUGCAGUCACUUCGGCUUUUCAUUUGCACACAAUGUCUGGUAAUUUCAGCUUUCGGCAUCCCCCGGGCGCCUUUGAAACUUGGACAGUAGGGAGAUACAUACGGUCGGUCGGUUAAGACCGCGGUGUCGUCUUGGCCGCUAGCGCUGGCGUUGUUUUGGCACGUCGACCCCCACGUGGUAUCGAGAGGUGCGUGGGUCUGUCGCUUGCGUGGCAACUGGGAACUAUAUUUUUCCUCUGUUCACAGUGGAGGGCCAUCCCGGUGCAUGCUUUUGUUGCUCCUUGGUAUCCAGAUACGAAGAGGUCCGGCCGAUCUGGGUUCACUGAGAGGACCAGUGAGGCAAUGUGAUAUAUCCACGUGCGAGGUCCUCGGUGUCAAAAUAAGGUCGUGCUGAUACAUUUUGCAUUUGAUGACGUCGCAAGCCAGGGGGGUGUAGGGAGGGGGCCUCGUGGGUACGCCGCAGCUCGAAGCAUCUCACAGGCGCUGUUUUCUUCGCCUCAGGGUUCGGGAGUUCGUUGCGCUUAGGGCCCUUGGUCAAAUCGCAGAGGGAGCAGGGAUGCAUCCCAGGGAGACGCCCCGUAGUUUUUCAUGGCAGGAUGGGCAUAUUGCCGAUACAUGGCCUUUACGUUAGGAAAGCUCCGGCUUGUUUAUAGGCAUACAUACGGUGUGCACACAGGCAUGCGAUGUGGUAUUGGUUUGCCUUUUGGCGGUUGUGUUGGAGGAGGUUGUCUGAUUUAAUAUGAAUUCAGCCAUGCUGAGCAGUGUGAUACUUUCUUCGCAGUGCUGCAGAGACCCAUGUGGUAGUAGACCCAUGUGGUAGACCCAUGUUGUACCCGUGUGAAGGAUGCGGUACAUCUGGGCUCAGAAACGAGGAAACUUGAGUGGACGGCCUACGUUCGAACUGCUGGGUGUACGCACGGUCCGGUUGUCGAAACGUGCACGCUGCAACAGACGUGGGUCAUUGUACAAACCGAUGCGAAAUCUUGACGAGUAAGUGUGCGCUGUGAUAACUCGUAUUCUCUUGGACGUCACAGCUGUGUCGCUGGUUGUUCUGGUGGCUUCAAUUCUCUGCUGAGGACCAACCAACCUGGAAAGACGAGGAAAGACAACAUUCCCUCAUUCAUGUAUAUUGUGCGUUUCU